UACUUAAUUCUGAAGACCACUGAUAUAUAAAUACUGCUGUCACUGAUCAACCAAACAGACACAAACCAGCAGUUAUCAGUUACACACCCACCACGAAAAUGCAUCCCACAGGACACCACCCUUGUGGAUGUGGCCCUUGCCACGUACCGCAUAAACCCCAUUGCCCUCACCACAAACCACCACCACCACCCCCGCAUCAUGGAGGUCCCUGUGGCGGCCACUGUGGCGGCAACUGCGGCGGCCACUGUCAGCCGCCCCAUCAUGGAGGCCACCAUGGCCCCCAUCAUGGAGGACACCAUGGAGGACACCAUGGACACUGUUGAAGGACAUGGAUGUUCAAUAUUAAUUUUUGUAUAUUUUGCAUAUCGUUAUUAAAUAAAUAUACGAGUUUAACUAA